AUGAAAGCAACAGCUUGUGCCCUGCUCUUGGCUCUGGCACUUAUGACCAUCUUCAACGUAGAAUGUGCUGCACGCCCGCAACAGGUUGACUGCAGUAAAUAUAAAAAGUCACCACCAGGAAAAGAGGGAUUUUGUCAUGAAAUAUAUGCACCAAUUUGUGGAUCCGAUGGCAAAACUUACCCUAAUGAUUGCUUCUUCUGUUUUGAAGUUCAAAAAACUGACAACAAACUUAAAUUUGUUCAUUUUGGAAAGUGUUGA